AUGCCGGCUGGUGAUACCCUCGUCGUCGCCGCCGAGAAAGAUGCUGCCAAUGCUAGGCAUCCUGGCGCCGCCGCCACCGCCCAAGUAGAUGGUGAUCUGCUCGACGAGGACUUCCCCUCGCCCACGACCGAGGAGCUGACGACUCUCCGCCGUGUUUCCGACAAGAUUCCCGCCAAACUCUUCACCAUUGCUUUCAUCGAGCUCUGCGAGCGCUUCUCCUACUAUGGUUCCACCGUCGUCUUCACCAACUUUAUCCAGCAGGCCCUCCCGCCGGGCUCAACCACCGGCGCGUCCACCGACCAGCCCGGCGCCCUGGGCAUGGGCCAGCGCGCGUCCACCGGCAUCACGACCUUUAACCAGUUCUGGCAGUACUGCAUGCCGCUGCUCGGCGCCUAUGUGGCCGACGCGCACUGGGGCCGCUACAAGACCAUCAGCGUCGCCCUCGGCGUCAACCUACUCGGCCACGGCAUCCUGAUCCUCUCGGCCAUCCCCCCCGUCAUCGUCAACCCCCAGGCGGCGCUCGCCUGCCUGAUCCUCGCCAUCCUCGUCAUCGGCUUCGGCACCGGCGGCUUCAAGCCCAACAUUUCCUGCCUCAUCGUCGAGCAGCUCGGCGACCAGCGCCUCUUUGUCAAGACGGAUCCCAAGACGGGCGAGCGCGUCAUUGUCGACCCGGCCGUCACGACGGAAAAGAUUUACAUGUGGUUCUACUUCUUCAUCAACGUCGGCGCGCUCGUCGGCCAGAUCACCAUGGUCUACGCCGAGCAGUACGUCGGCUUCUACCUCUCGUUCACGCUGCCCACCGUCAUGCUCGCCCUCUGCCCGGCCGUCAUGUUCUGGGGCCGCAAGCGCUACGUGCGCCGCGCGCCGGACGGCUCCGUGCUGAUCCCCGCGCUCAAGACCUUUUGCCUGGCCCAGCGCGGGCGCUGGUCGAUUAACCCGUGGGCGACGUGGCGCAACAUGCACGACGGCACCUUUUGGGAUGCGGUCAAGCCGUCGAGGUUUACAGAGGAGAGUCGUCCCAAGUGGAUGACGUUUGAUGAUGCGUGGGUAGACGAGCUGCGUCGUGGAUUCAGUGCGUGCGCCGUCUUUUGCUGGUACCCCAUCUUCUGGCUCUGCUACAACCAAAUCAACAACAACCUCGUCUCGCAGGCUGCCGUCCUCCAGCGUCACGGUGUUCCCAACGACAUCCUCUCCAACCUCAACCCCUUUGCCCUCCUCAUCUUCAUCCCGCUCAACGACUUCCUUAUCUACCCGGCCCUGCGCAAGGCUGGCGUGCGCCUGACUCCUAUUCGCAAAAUCACCGCCGGCUUCUUCGUCGGCGCCGCCGCCAUGGUCUGGGCCGCCGUCGUGCAGCACUUCAUCUACCAGCGCUCCGUCUGCGGCAACAUGGCCUCCAAGACGAUGCCCGACCCCUUCACUGGCGAGACGAUCAAGUGCCCGCCCGUCGACAUCAACGUCUGGGCCCAGACGGGCUCCUACGUGCUCAUCGCCCUCGCCGAGGUCUUUGCCUCCAUCACCUCGCUCGAGUACGCCUACUCCAAGGCCCCCAAGAACAUGCGCAGCAUGGUCCAGGCCGUCGCCCUAUUCAUGACGGCGUUUGCCGCCGCCAUCGGCCAGGCCUUUACCGGCCUGUCGACGGAUCCCCUUCUCGUGUGGAACUACGCCAUCGUGGCGAUCCUGGCGGCCAUUGCGGGCACCUGCUUCUACUUCCAGUUCAGGGACUUGGAUAUUCAUGAGGAUGACCUGAAUGCGCUCCCCGAAGGCCAGAUGAUCAAGAAUGUCAGCGACGAGAAGAUUGUGCAGCUGGAUCAGAAGAGCACAAACUAA